AUGGGGGAGGCCGAGGUGGGCGGCGGCGGCGCGGCCGGCGACAAGGGCCCUGGGGAGGCUGCCACCAGCCCGGCCGAGGAGACGGUGGUGUGGAGCCCCGAGGUGGAGGUGUGCCUCUUCCACGCCAUGCUGGGCCACAAGCCCGUCGGGGUGAACCGGCACUUCCACAUGAUCUGUAUCCGAGACAAGUUCAGCCAGAACAUCGGUCGGCAGGUCCCAUCCAAGGUCAUCUGGGACCACCUGAGCACCAUGUAUGACAUGCAGGCACUGCACGAGUCUGAGAUUCUUCCAUUCCCAAAUCCAGAGAGGAACUUCAUCCUUCCAGAAGAAAUCAUUCAAGAAGUCCGAGAAGGAAAAGUAAUCAUCGAGGAGGAAAUGAAAGAGGAAAUGAAAGAAGAUGUGGACCCCCACAACGGGGCUGAUGAUGUUUUUUCAUCUUCAGGAAGCUUGGGGAAAGCAACAGAAAAGUCCAGCAAAGACAAAGAAAAGAACAACUCGGACUUGGGGUCCAAAGAGGGGCCAGACAAGCGGAAGCGCAGCCGGGUCACCGACAAAGUCCUGACCGCCAACAGCAACCCCUCCAGCCCCAGCGCGGCCAAGCGGCGCCGGACGUAG